AUGGCGGUGCAGACCUCAAGACCUUGCAAAGAAACGGCGGAUGCCAUGAAAUUCUGCGGUGACUAUAAGGCCCUCCAUAAAGUAUUGAACCCCAAAUGGACAAAGUCUGCCGCGCAAAACGUCUUCCGAGACAGGGCGGCUACGCCAGAAUGGCUACGGGAAUUCGAAUUGUAUCAAGAGACCUACGCGACCGUUGAGCCUGACACAGAUAGCUGCACACCAGCAAUGCGUCAGGUCAUCGAACACGAGCUGGAACGAGACGUCAACGCUCCACUGAAGUUACACAUGGCCAUCCCCAAGAAUCUGGUCAGGACAUGCAGUCCUACAUCUAUCAGGAUUGCCAUUCGCUUCCAUGGAGGGGGAGGAGUGACUGGACACCCGAGGUAUGGCCCCUGGGAAUGUCGUGCAGAUCUAGAGUGGAUUUUGUCAUCACCCAAUACGAUCAGCAUCGAGCCUACCUAUUGCCUUUUGCCUGAGGCCUCUGGAGACACUAUAUACGGUAACAUAAGGAGCCUUUGCGCCUUUCUGUUCAAGGACUUGGAGGCCGCCCUCGAAUCGAUCAACCCGCACUUCGCCAUUGCUUGGGAUCAUGUUUACAUCUUUGGCAUCAGCUUCGGAGGUUGGAUGGCGCUGGGCCUGUUUCUAGAGUUCGGUAACUGGAAUUCGAGGCCUCCAAACUUUCGCAUUCGAGCGGUUAUUCUCAGAUGUCCACUCGUGAAAGAAUACCGUCGCGAGCAGGGGCGCUUCAUGGGUGUUGAGAUCCCAGAGCAGCAAGCUAUUGAUGAUAGCAAGAAGAUCUACGACAUCAAGUGUCGUAUGCCAUUCCAGCUCCAUAGGGCCGGAGAUCACCCACCUGGGGGGAUGUAUGGUGCAUACGCAUUGUCUGUAGCAAAGUGUUGGGGGAUGAUCUGGGGGUCCAACAUGAUGUUCGAUAUGAUCAAAGAGACACAGGAGUGCCCAGACCCUCGGGCAAAGGUGCGCAUCGACCAUGGCACUGCGGACAUCCAGGUACCGUAUACAUCGUCUGAAGAGCUCUGCGCCCUGUUUUCGGAGAAGGGGUGGCAGAAAAUCGACCUGAUACCCCAUGAAGACAAGCCGCACGCGUGGGACUACAAGGAUCCGAUCACAGAGAGUUUAUUAGACUACCUCCAUACAAGCUCGGUCUAG